AUGCCGACAGAUGUGCCCGAAGACAGGCUCAACAAUGAGGAGAAAGCGACCAACAAGUGUGACAGUAUGAUUCUGCCCAGCACCCCAACUGUUCGCAGAGGUAGCACUCCUCUGCCAAUAAAGCACCAGCUCAAGCGAGAAGAAGCCGUCCACGAUGACUGCGAUUGGACAUCGGGUGCAGCAGGACCUUCUGUUUCUCCAAUCAGCUUCAGCCCAGCCUUGGAUGACAGUCUGAUGGUGGCAUACGAGGGCAGACCUGACGGGCCGUUGAAAAUCGCCCUGCUGGGGCAGAACGGUGUGGGGAAGUCCUCUCUGGCCAUCGCCCUAGCAGGGGAAAUGGACAGGACUGCAUCUGUGGAUUCUGAUGGGGAGGGUUAUGUACGCACAGUCACUGUGGAUGACGAGGAAAGUACCAUCAUUAUCUAUGACAACUGGAGACAGGACCUGUCGGCUCUGCAGUGUGAGGUGUGUGUUCUGGUGUUUUCAGUGACUGACAGGCGUAGUUUCCACCGCACUGCACAGCUCCGACUUCUCCUGAGAGAGACCCAGCCCCAAACUCCUAUCAUCCUCGUUGGCAACAAGAGUGACCUAGUUCGCUCCCGUGAAGUCACCGCUCAAGAGGCCAUGUCCAGCGCUGCCCUCUUUAACUGUCUGUAUCUUGAGAUCUCUGCUUCUCUGGAUCAUCGCACCCCAGAGCUCCUUGAGUGUGCUGUGCGGUUAGCCAGGGGCCAACCUCCAUGGCCCCCGGGGAGCUGCGCAGAUGACAUGAGCGGAGGAGGCCAACGUGAAAGCAUCACUUCCCGUGCCAAACGCUUCCUGUCCAACCUGGUGCCCCGAUACCCUCGAGAGCGAGAAGUGGGCAAGUUCAUGAGGCAGAAGUCCCGCUCAUGCCAUGACCUGGGGGCGCUGUGA